CAACAAAAUCAAACAUGGCGCGCGUACACACGGUUUCGCAAAUUUUACAUUUUUUCCUUUAUUUCUCAUUUAUUUUAUGUUGUUUUACUGGUUUUGUGAGUGCCAACCGCGAGUUAAAUGAAGACAACUGGAAAGAAAUCCUUGAAGGAGAAUGGAUGGUCGAGUUCUACGCACCAUGGUGCCCUGCCUGCAACGCCCUCGCCCCGGCAUGGCGCGACCUGUCCACCCGCGCGACUCGCAAGGCUCUGGGCGUCAGGACAGCUGCCGUCGACGUCACCAAGUCGCCUGGACUGAGCGGUAGAUUUGUCGUCACUGCGCUGCCUACUAUUUUCCAUGUAAUCGACGGCGAAUUCCGUCAAUACAAAGGCCCACGCGACGUGGAAUCCAUGCUUGGCUACGUGGAGGACCAGCGCUGGAAGCAGACUGACCCUGUACCAGCGUGGAAGGCACCACACUCAAUUCAGAUGACAUUGGUCGCUGAAUUCUUUAAACUUAGUCAGGCACUUAGGAGUGUGCACACUAUGUUGAUGGAGACGUACGGCCUACCGACAUGGGGUUCCUACCUGAUCUUUGCACUGGCAACCAUAUUCAUCGGAGCACUGCUUGGACUGGUCCUAGUAUGCAUAAUAGACCUGCUAUACCCGCCGCGUCGCUCGGACAAGGUGUUCAUCUCACAGAAGGAGCUCGACAAGCGCGCACGAGGAGACCAGGACGCUAAGGAAAAGUCUGAUGAUGACCAGGAGCUGAUCAAUGAUGACAUAGUAGAUGAUGAUGAGAACGCGAACAACAGUGAUGCUGAGAAGAACUCACCGAGCGAUUCAUCAGACGAGGAACAGGAGAAAGAAACAGAAGGCGGUGGCGAUACGAAGGCAGCGGACCCAGUGGACCGACCCGAGGUUCGCAAGCGAAGGCCAAGGAAAGCCGACUAGAGUGCGUAGUACACACACACCGCCCGCCGCGGGUUCAUUUACCAGCUCGAUACAUUCCCAGCCAACAACUGACAACUUUACAGAAACUAUUGCCAUGUCUUUAGUAAGAUUGAUCAAAAUUUUACUGUUCUAUGGUAGUUCAGACACAAGUAUUAGUCGAUUAGGACAUUAUAAAACAUUUUAAUUUAUCUUAUUUUAAAUAAAUAACAUCGGCCACAAAAAUAUAGUCUUUGGUAAAGCCAAAUUUAGGUUUUCAGGGCCUUACAAGUCGUAAUGUUCUAAGUUCAAAGGCCUAGUCGUGACCUUAUAGAGGUCAUACUUAGUAAGUCGUAAGUUGUUGAAGGCUAUUCUGAUAUAUCUUGUAAAAACGAAGGGAUUGUUAUGAGCUUAAAAUACUUCUAAGUAAACGUAAAAAUUAUAAACUUUGAAAGUUCAAACAUCAUUUUUUGUUGUUGCCGUCUUUGUUAAUAGUAUUGCCAAAUGCUUAAAAUUAACGAAUGAAAUUAUCACAUAAACUAGAUUUCCAAAUAUAUGCUCGAAAUAACACAUUACGCAUAGCCGAAAAGAUCUACCAUUCUACCGAUUACUCUAAAUUCUGGCAACAUUAUUAACAAGUAUGGCAACACUGGCGUCUGAAUCCGCGGCCGGCCUAUAACAGUAUCAUAUGAAAGUAUAAAAUAGUAUGUUUUGUAUGUAGUCGCUCCAUUCAUACCAAUAUUAUAUUGCUAAUUAGAAUAAAUUGAUAUUUAACUCAUUUUAGACUCAAUAUUCUUGCCUGAGUCUAUUUUUCCGCACAACCACGUUGUCUUCAAGGCCCGAGUGAAUAGGUUGCCUCUGGGUAGACGUGCUCUAUCGUAGUCGUUUACCACAAAGCGAGAUAGUAGACAAAAUCGACCCAUUUACAAUAAAAGAUAGGUCUGUGGCAACAGGCUCACCGCUAUUAAAUGGGUCUCCUAAAAAUAAGUCGUCAAAAGUAAAUGUUACAUUUGAUAUGUGGAAUUUUGCCUAACUUUUUUUGGGAAUAAGUAAAGGCGGCUCCACACAUUGAACCAAUAUAGAGAAUUGUAAAUGCCCGCUCUGUACAAUCUCAGUGUUAGUCCACGCCAUUGUAAUAAACAACAGUACCGUCUCAACUGACGAUUGACAAUAAACUGAAUAAAUAAACGUUUCAACGCUGUUUGUGGAGCGCGCCAAGGCCCUUUGAUAUGCGAAGCCGGCAAUAUUCGCUUGGCCGGCCAACGCUAGCGCCAACUACGAACAUACCGCCACGUAGGUCACUAUACAUUGGCCCAAUGCGUUACCUAAAUGUGAAGAACCGCUUUAAUCCAAGGUUGAGUCGUGGUGUAAGAUUUGAUUCCCUAUUGAAGUCAUAUAUUGGCUGGUAAAUGCCUGUACUUACGCAUAUUAUAAAAUAAGUUAAAUAUCAAUUGAAAAUUAACAGUAACUUAUCAGAAGUAAUUAAAAUUCAUUCUCCUUUAUUAGUCUUCCUUAUUAAGCCUCCAUCAUGUAUUUUGUUGAUUCAUUGAAUGCCUAAAAUUAUUAUACUUAUUAUAAAAUGUUCAGAAUGAUUGUUCCAAUUCUUGUUUGAAUCUUAAACUAUGUUAUAAACGUAAUGUCGUUUGUGAAAACCAAGCAUUUAUUAAUGCACUAUUUUUGUAUGUCAACUUAAAUCUAUGCAUCAUCUAUAGUCCCGGAGAACCUAACGGGUUACCGGGGCUCCGGCUCGAAGCGCAGGAGAAGGUACGGGGUGGUUUUUAGUCAGU